UCGGUACGGGUAAAAAAAAAAAAAAAAUAUUAAAAAAUGACAUUUGGCGGUGGUGUGUUUGCGGUGACUUUGGCACUUCUGGUGUUCAAUCUAAACAACAAUAAUGAUCACUGUUGUCUGGCUACAGGCGCCGGCGAAGUGGACCAGUUCCAGUGCACGUGCGGUCACAACAUCCAAACGCACUUGCAACGAGUCCUCGGCAAGCUGACACUGUGCCGCCAAAACUGCCGCUGGACGGUGCAGUCCAUCGACGGGUACGGCACGUUGACGCAGCGCAUGCUGUUCGUCGCGUAUCACCGGGCCGGCGGUACCGCCGCGUGGCUGUGGCAGUUGGCCGUGUACGCCAACACGGCCGAGCGGAUGGCAACCGGCGGCUCCGCGGAUUUGGACGUCAAGGCCAUGACCAGGAUUAUGGCAAACGGCGCCAGGUACGUGCUGACCGAGCUGGGCGGGUUCCUGAGACGGUGCCACAAACAGAAACUGGUGCCAGUGGUGCGGUGGCCACAGGUGGCUUUUGAAAAAUACAUCUUGGAACACGUCAAUGACGUGAAGAGCGGCAACGGCACGGGCGCGGUCAAGGACGAAAACGAGUUCGGGUUGCGCGGGCUUUAUCUGAACGACUUGGGCGGCAAAGGCAAAGACGAAGUCCUGAAGGAGAUACUCAACGGGGACGUGGGCGUCGCCUGGACGUUGAUGGGAGACGCGCUGACGCUGCUCUACAACGCGGCCAGGAUCAAAUGGGUGUACGGCACUAGGGAACUGGUGCUGUACCAGAAGAAGACCAUAUCCGCCGUGGCAGCGUCCAUGAUGAGCUACGUGCUGACCCACGUGGUGUACUGCCAGGAGUACUGGUCGGUGUACUUGCAGAAAGGCGUGGCCGCGGCCAACGAGAACCUGCUGGGCGACUACCAGCGCAUGUGGAUGUCCGUAGGCGACCUGUUGGACAAGUUCGACGCGUAUCUGGUGCUGAGGACGGAGAAAUACUACCAGCGCCUGGUGGACAUAGUCCACAACCCAGUGAUGGAUAUCGGUGGCUUUCAGACGGUCGCCAACGACAUCAAGACCAGCAUAGACGACCUGAGCGGCGGGCUGUUCUACCUUGACCGGGUCAAAGCCAAGUGUUUGUCCAACGAGCCGGAGAAGACGUUUGUGGAGACCAUUGCCUUGAUCGACAACAACAUAAGUCUGGCGGAAAAGUACUUGAAAACCGUGCAGAACGCGUUUGCGGGGGUUAAUUUUAAUGUCAUUAAAGACUUUAUGAGCAGUACGCAUGUAUGGUUGACGUGAUAAUCGUUUACUAUGCCUUUUUUUAAACAAAACCCUAGCAGUUAUAUUGACCUUCAAAAUCAAAGUGUUUUAAGUCAAAUGUUUUGAAAAAUUGUUAUUUAUUAUGCAAAUCAAUAUUUAAAUAUUUAUAUGGUUCUAUUAAAUUACAUUUUGUAAAAUAAUGAAAAAAAGUGAACAUUUUUAAUACAUUCAUUUUUAUAUAAAAAUAAAAAACCUUUUUAAAUACCUAGGUUUUAACAGAAUAAUAAAAAUAUUUAAGCAAAUAAUAAGAAAUCGGAAAAACUUUACUCGUACAUAUUUAAAAAAAAAACACCGCUUCUAUAUAACACCUCCAUUAAUUGUCGGAACAGCUUAAACAUUUGAAAAAAACAGUAUUGAAUUAAGGUCAUAAGUUGUUAUUGGUUUUACAUUGAUGUUUUGGAUUUUCACAUUUUUCGGAUUAGAUAAAAAAUAGCAAAUAACUGCCGAAAUUGAUAAAAAAUGUAUAAUAAUACUAUUCCUUCGUCAGUACACGUUAGUCAUAAGUACUUUAAUAGGUCUUAAGUAAGGAAACUCUUACUUCAUAACUCUUCAUUUAUCAAAACACAACUAGCAAUGACACUGAUUUUUUUUAACGAUAACAGUUUAGUUGUUGGCUGAAAUCCGGAUUUGAAUUUUAUACAAAUACCGAAUCAAAAAAUUAUACGGAAUUUUUUUUAUCUAGUUAAAAGAAUAUAACUGCUGUUAUAAAACA